CGACUCACAAUCUGGCGGCGCGUUCACGCUCCUUCACCCUCUCAAUCGCUCUACAUAUCACCUAUCACCCCAUCAUGAGGGCUAAUUCCGCCCAGGCCCUCUCGCACACGCUCACACUCCUCCUGGCUGUCGCUGGGGCGGUGGGACAUGGCGUCUUCCUGGCUGCUCUUCUCGAGUUCGACAAUCCCGGCCCCGCGGCUAUCGCGAGCGGUGCUCUCAUCGGCUGGCUCGUGGUUCUCAUCCUUUAUUUGAUAGCGACCAUGCUAGCCCCGAAGAACUCGCGCUUCAUUUGGACGAUUACCGAUGUCUGCGUCCUCCUCACGUUUGCGGCGGCGGGCGCCGCGGGGACGGUCUAUCUCGCUAUUGUGAACUGGGCGCACCUUGACCACUGCCAUCACCGCCUGGGAUCCGCUUGCGAAGCCUCAAUUGCUGGAGGCGCUGUUAGCUGUGUUGUUGUCAUUGCACUCUUGGCCUCGGCCAUCACGGAAGCGUGGUACAUCUCAAAGCACCAUGGCAAGGAGGGCUGGUACCUCUCUCUCCGGUGGAUUGGACAGAACACGGCACAGGCCGAGCAACUGAAACCGCUCAUGUACACAACUCAGCCGCCCAUGGCGCCCCGGCCGCGGCAAGGCACCUUCAUUCCCCUCGUGGUUGCGGCCGUCCGGCGCUCAAAGGAGUACGAGGACCUCCCGCUCGUUUCGCCCUCCUCGGGAUCGGCGCCGCUCCGCAUCAUGAACCGAACGAGCUCCGACACGGUGCGCCGCUCCGCCGAAACUGUGCGGGCCUCAACCGACACUCUGCGCUCCUUCCACACUGCUCGCCCCCCUUCCUCCCGCCGACGCUCCGGUUCGGGCUCAUCCAUCACUUCGGUGUUCAGCAGGAAACGGACGCCAUCCGUGUUCAGCCACAGCUCGCGCCGAUCAAGUGAGGAGGCCGCGACGCCGCUCGUGGGUGCCAUGGAGUUGCCGGACGAUCCGUUUGCACGGUCGCCCCGCAGACUCAGCGACCGUGUAGAGGAACUCGACGACGCCGUGUCCUUGCGCUCAGUCCCUGUCAAUCCGCAGACGCGGAAGCGCGCGGGCGUCGCGCUGAAUGCAUGGCCCUGGCGACCCGAGUCACCCACCAGCGAUACGGUCGGCACCGCGGUGUAGUACUAGGUGUAGCUUUAUUUUGAU